CAGCGAGUCGCUCAGGCAGUCGCAGUGUGUCUGUGCUCGCGAAAGGACAUGAAGACUUCGCUGUGUCUAGUGUUAGUGCACGUGAGUAUAGGGCUCCUGUGGGUGUGUGAGGCGGGGGGGUCGUCCACUCCUCGGGCUCCCCGUCAGGCCCCCCAGCAGCCCCCGGCCCGGGCGGCCGCCCCCGCUGGAUUCAACAAGACCGCCCCCCGUGCCGGAGGAUCCGCAAGAACAAGAGAGCAGUAUCUGUUCAACGUGUUCGAAGUGAUCGUUUCCACUCUGGAGUCCAAGUUGCAGAGGAUCGAAAAUCUCGACAGAGCGGUGGAGCAUCUGAUGAGGAGAGUCGAGGCGCUGGACUCGAGGGUCAACGAUAACAUCGACAAGACCGAUUCGAUCAUCGAAAAGCUUAGGACGUUCGACCUCAAACUGUUUCAGGGAGGGACGUUAAGUCAAGUGGACAACAAUCUAAGCGAGAGGCUAGUCUCUCUUGACCAGAAGGUGAGCGAUAUAGACAAUAAACUGGUGGUGUUAAAGAAUCAGCUCGACUCCAACUUCCUUCCUGCAGAUGAUAUCAAUGCGGAAGCGAGUGAGAAGAAACCGAUAAGUAUGAAUGUUCUGGACAUAACGAAAGUGUUAAGUUCCGAACUGGAUUCUCUCAGGAGUUCUACGUCAAAUGUGGACAGAAAGUUGCAGUUUCAUAUCAACUUGGUGUCAGAGAAUCUGGGGAAGAUACUGAGCAUGAUGUCGGAUGUCCACGAAGCGGUAGUCGAACCCGUAAUGAUUCAGACUGGACCUCCACAAGUCGUCAGAAACAGAACGUCAACCACUCCUACAACGACCAUCAUUAAAAACAGCAAACUAGACAAACUCGUGCGGCAGAUGCAUCCAAUCUUGUCCGUGUCUAACAAGAUGGACGAGGUGUGGGACGUAGUUGUAGGUACGAAAACAUCCGUGGACGAUUUGGUUCCAAAAUCCGAUGAGCUCCUGACACAAACCCAAAGGCAAGAAAGGGCAAUCAGCAAUAUUCACGACGACUUGAGGACCAAUACUAACAAGAUCAUUGCUAAUCUGGACAUGGUCGAGAAGAGACUGAAGAAACAAGAGAAUGACGUUGUGACUUUAGCACAAAGGCCCGUUCCCGCAGAGCUUCUUCUGGAUCCUACGAUAGACAGGAUAGUGGAAUUUGACCAAAAUAGAUUUCAAGACACCAAUGAUCCCACAUUGACUGAACCACCUCCCCCGGUGACCUUCACGACCCCCACAACUCAGGGGCAGACCAUCCCUUCCACCACCCCUUCCGUGAUCACUGCUGCCCCUGGGGUUCUCCAGGGCGUCCAGCCGGGAAGAUCCUUCAAUCGAAACAGAGGAGUUAUCUUCCCCAGUGUGAAGAACAAACCUCUGCCGGCAAACAAUACCUUUGCUACUGACUUCAUACCGAACAUCAAGGAUGUCAAGGGUUACUCCUGCCUGGACCUGUUGAACGCUGGGAUGAGGCACUCUGGAGUGUACUAUCUGCAGAUCCGUGGUACCACCUACUGGUUCCUCAAGGUCUUCUGUGAACAGGAAGUCGCCGAGGGAGGAUGGACGGUGAUCCAAAGGAGAGAUGACUUGGGAGAUCCGAGGGAGAACUUCAACCGGGAUUGGUCCGACUACAAGAACGGUUUCGGAGACCCCGGCAAGGAGUUCUGGUUGGGUAACGAGAAUAUAUACAUGCUUACCAACAAUGAGGAGUAUACGCUUCGUGUUGAGCUAGAAGACUUUGAGGGUAAUAAAAGGUUCGCACAAUAUUCCCACUUCAAGAUAUACUCGGAGGCUGAGUACUACAAGCUAGAGAUCGACGGCUACGAGGGUAACGCUGGGGACUCGCUCAACGAUCCUUGGUAUGGCAGCAACAAUAGUCCAUUCUCCACGUACAACAGGGACAAUGACAGAUCAUCGCUCAACUGCGCUUCCAUGCUGAAAGGUGGCUGGUGGUGGAAGUCUUGUGGUCGAGGGCUCAACGGACUCUACCUCAACGAUCCUCAGGACAUCACAGCCAGACAAGGUAUUGUCUGGUUCAGAUGGCGAGGGUGGGACUACACUCUUAAGAAGGCCAUGAUGAUGAUAAAGCCGAAAAGUGCCGUCAACACCACUUAGUGUACAGAUACCACCAAAUGUGUACAUGCCAACACAAAAAUAGGCCUAGUGACUAUCAACUUUAAGUUGAAAUGUGCAAGAUUUAUUUCUAAAAUCCAAUAAUGAAAUAACUUAUUUUGGAUUUUAAAAAACCAAAAAUUAAACCAACCGUUUUGCUCAUUUUUAAGUGUUACAUUUGUCAUAAAUGUUUAUACUUUAUAUAUAUAUAUAAGUUUUACCAUUACAAACAAAAGCCAAAUAUCCAAAGUAUCAUUAAUCUAUCGGUAACAUAUCAUUUUAAAUCACAAAAUAUAACGAAUUAAAUGUGUACGCGGAAUUGGUUUUUCAUUAUUACUAAUACAAACUUUUACACACACUUUUUGGUCACACACAAUUUAUUAUAUUAAAACAAAAGUAAUAUUAUUGUAUGUGAAUAAAAUGUUACUAGUGUAUAUUCGAAUCAACUACUAAUCCAGUAAAUAUCUUAAAUUAAAAUGUACACCAAAUUCAAACAAUAUAAAAGGUCUUACAAUUUAAAUUAAUUGUCUUUUUAGUUGUUUUAAGGUAAACACUAAAAUAAAUUAUAGUUUUAUAAGAAUGAAAAGUGUAGUUAUAAGAAAUUGUACAUACAAGCACAUCUUCUAAGCCUGUGCCAACCUAUAGCCAGUCUCAGUUAUCUGAGAUUGAGUUCCAAGACCCGGUAAACGUAUGUAAAAUAAGCCUAAUUUAGAAACAUUUCUUUAACUUUAAUUUACAUUUAUUUUUUUAUUUACUUUAAAUUCAUGCCUUUGGACAGACAUAGUAAUAUAUUUGUUUACUGCUUACGUACUUUAAUUGAUUUUAUGCAGAGUUUAGAAAAACCAAAUUAAAAUCUUACAUAAUGAUGUAAAAACCCAUGAAACAUUGUAAUUAGUUACACAUUACAGUAUCAAAACAAUAAUUACUUACAAAUUUGUUUUACAUCAAAAAGUAGAAAACUAUCUUAGGGAGCAUAAACUUUUUCUUUUCAUAUUCUUUACUUUAUUUAAAUUAUUAGAGUUCUUAGGAAGUAGAACUGUAAGUUCUUUUCCUUGAUUAUAUUCUCGGUUCAUCAUUAAUUCAUAUUUCAUUAUGUUUGAUUGUUAAUGCACGAUUAAGGCCAAUAUAAAAGAGGAAAUACUUUAAAGCUACGUUCAUAAAUGAAAGCCAGUGUUCGAAUUAUGUUACAUUAUAUUAUUAUAACUUUACAAACAUUACUGUUUGCUUAAUUAUUUGAUUAUUACAUUGGAUACUUAAAAAAGUUUGAUAAUUUAUGUUACUAAUUUUCUAUAAAAUUUGUAAUAAGUAUUUUCUAUUCAUUUGCAUUCUGGAACACUUUGACUUGGAAGUAGUUAAAUAUAUGAAUUCUUUAUAUUUAAAGUACCAUGCCAAUAAAAAAUAUCUUAUAUCCUAAAUUUGUAUUUACUAUAAUGUUUAUAAAAUUAAGGUUAAAAGACAAGAAAUUUCACAUCUGUUUUUUUUUUUCUUUUUUUUGCCAAUUGAGCCUAACAUUCCUUUAGAACAAUAAAUAUUUGUCAUAUUGUGCAAUCUUUACACUUUUCACGUACAUAAAAAUUCACUAACAGAAUUAAAUGUUUUCUCAUUUCAUAUUUUGAACAAAAUUGUUAUAGCCUAGUCUCUAAACUUCACGUAUUACAAAACGAAAUAUUAGUCAAUUUUUUAUCUUGCUCACAACUGGCCUUAAUGUAUUAAUAUUUUAGACUUUUAGCUUUACACGGUUGAUUUUUAUCUGCUCUCUGUACAUUGUGCAAACCAUUCAUAUACUUUCAUCCUUCUUUUCAUUCCUAGUGUCUUUCCUUCUUUUACAUAGUGGAGUGGUUUAUGGACGAACCCUAAAUCCAUGUACCUAAUUAGUGAUUAAUCAUUAAUAUGUAUAGUUUUGGGGACAUUGUAAAUAGAAUAUGUAUUGUAUAAAGAUUUUAUUGAUUUUGUAA